AGCCAGCGCAGUGGUGUGAUAAAGAAUAAAAAUUCAGAGGGAAGAGAAAAAAAGCAGAAUUUUACAGUAAAACCCUAAUCAUAUCAUCUCUCCGAUCUCGAUCGCAACCUGAGAGCUUCCCUCUGCAAUGAUGGCGGAUUCUCCUCACGAAGAAGAAAGGGACUCACGAUCUCCUUCUCCGAGGAAAGAAGAACCAAGGUCCAGGUCCAGGUCCAGGUCCAUGCCGAGGUAUAGGUCUAGGUCAAGAUCUUUGCCAAGGCCUAUAUCUCCAUCAAGAAACCGUGGAAGGUCGAGGUCAAGAAGCCGUGGAAGGUCUGAAACCGAAAACCCUGGUACCACUCUCCAUGUGACCGGCUUAUCAACAAGAGUUACCGAAAAGGAUCUUGAAGCACAUUUCUCCAAGGAAGGAAAGGUUGCGUCCUGCGUUCUAGUGGUGGAGCCGCGCACCCGUGAGUCUCGUGGUUUUGCCUUUGUUACCAUGGAUAGUCUUAAGGACGCUGAGCGGUGCAUUAAGUACCUCAACCAAUCUGUACUAGAAGGCCGAUACAUAAAAGUCGAAAGGUCACGAAGAAAGCGCCCUAGAACUCCCACUCCAGGCCACUAUCUUGGCUUAAAAAGCUCCAGAGACAAUGACCGAGAUAGCCGUAGCAGUCGAGGGAAGCACUAUUAUGAUCGUGAUGAUUCUGGACACCGUAGGUCACCAAGACGUGACUUUUCACCUCGUGAUCAUGGAAGGAGGUCACCUCGUGGUGGAAGAAGCUCUAGAAGAGAUCGGUCUUACUCUCCUCGUGGAAGAAGCCCAGAGAGAAGGUCCGAGAGAAGGUAUCAACCACCCCGUGGCUCGAGAUGACCUGUUUAGGUCUCUUGAUGGAGGAAUUUUAUGUUGUUGAUUUAGUUUGUAUGAUUAUUGAUCAAUAUCAUCUUUAAAUAGUAAAGAGAUUCUGUUUGGAGACAGUUAUGGCUUUAUGUGUCUUUUCCUCUUAUGUAUGCUGCAGAACACAGUGACUGUGAAACUUACAAUGUAAUAGCUUCUCUAUGCUACUUUUGUUUUUAAUGAGUGAAUCAGAAUUUCUAUAUGAUUAUAUGA